GGGCCGCUCGGUAAAUUACCCGGAUGUGAUAGCACAUGUGCAGUGCUGUCCGCAGCUCCACACGGCUGUCGUCCUCCUCCUCUCUGUCCUUAUUUCAUUCCGUCUGCAGGCCUUGUAGCAGCGUUUACCUCACAGACAUGUUCCGGUUGGCUACAGUCAUGAGGCAGGUGAGGCCGGUGAGCCGAGCCCUGGCUCCUCACCUGACCAGGUGUUACGCCAAAGAUGUCAAGUUCGGCGCCGACGCUCGAGCUCUGAUGCUGCAGGGAGUCGACCUGCUGGCCGACGCAGUGGCCGUCACCAUGGGCCCCAAGGGUCGCACCGUCAUCAUCGAGCAGAGCUGGGGAAGCCCCAAGGUCACCAAGGAUGGUGUGACGGUGGCCAAAAGCAUCGACCUCAAGGACAAGUACAAGAACAUCGGAGCCAAGCUGGUCCAGGACGUGGCCAACAACACCAACGAGGAGGCCGGAGACGGCACCACCACGGCCACCGUGCUGGCCAGGGCCAUCGCCAAGGAGGGCUUCGACACCAUCAGCAAGGGAGCCAACCCGGUGGAGAUCCGCCGAGGAGUCAUGAUGGCCGUGGAAACCAUCAUCAACGAGCUGAAGAGUCUGUCCAAGCCCGUCACCACCCCCGAGGAGAUCGCUCAGGUCGCUACCAUCUCAGCCAACGGAGACGUAGAGAUCGGAAACAUCAUCUCCAAUGCCAUGAAGAAAGUCGGUCGCAAAGGAGUCAUCACCGUCAAGGAUGGAAAGACGCUCCACGAUGAGCUGGAGAUCAUCGAGGGGAUGAAGUUCGACCGUGGAUACAUUUCACCGUACUUCAUCAACACCGCUAAAGGUCAGAAGUGUGAGUUCCAGGACGCCUACCUGCUGCUCAGCGAGAAGAAGAUCUCCAGCGUCCAGAGCAUCGUUCCUGCUCUGGAGAUCGCCAACCAGCACCGUAAGCCUUUGGUCAUCGUGGCUGAAGACGUGGACGGAGAAGCUCUGAGCACUCUGGUCCUCAACAGGCUGAAGGUGGGUCUCCAGGUGGUGGCGGUGAAGGCUCCAGGCUUCGGAGACAACAGGAAGAACCAGCUGAGGGACAUGGCCGUGGCCACCGGAGGCACUGUCUUUGGAGACGAAGCUCUGGGUUUGGCUCUGGAGGACAUCCAGGCUCACGACUUCGGGAAGGUGGGCGAGGUCCAGAUCACCAAAGACGACACGCUGCUGCUGAGGGGUGGAGGCAGUCCGGCCGAGGUGGAGAAACGAGCGGCGGAGAUCGUGGAGCAGCUGGAGAGCACCACCAGCGACUACGAGAAGGAGAAGCUCAACGAGAGGCUGGCCAAGCUGUCGGACGGAGUCGCUGUGCUCAAGGUGGGAGGAACCAGCGACGUGGAGGUGAAUGAGAAGAAGGACCGAGUGACGGAUGCCCUGAACGCCACCAGAGCCGCCGUGGAGGAAGGAAUCGUCCCAGGAGGAGGCUGUGCUCUGCUGCGCUGCAUCCCAUCGCUGGACACCCUGAAACCGGCCAACUCAGACCAGAAGAUCGGGGUGGACAUCAUCCGACGGGCGCUGAGGAUUCCUGCAAUGACCAUCGCCAAGAACGCCGGUGUGGAAGGUUCUCUGGUGGUGGAGAAGAUCCUGCAGGGAUCCUCUGAGCUGGGCUACGACGCCAUGCAGGGAGAAUACGUGAACAUGGUGGAGAAGGGCAUCAUCGACCCCACCAAGGUGGUGAGGACGGCGCUGCUGGAUGCUGCCGGAGUCGCAUCGCUGCUGUCGACCGCCGAGGCCGUCGUCACGGAGAUCCCGAAGGAGGAGAAGGAGAUGCCUGGUGGAAUGGGAGGGAUGGGAGGGAUGGGAGGGAUGGGAGGAGGAAUGGGCUUCUGAAGAUCCUCCUGACUCUAUAGACUAAUGAGGACCGGAGAGCCUCUCCUCCUACACCAGGAUGGAUGGUUGAUGAUCUGAGCGGCUGAGGAGACCAGAAGGUUCCUCACUGCUUCACCCAUCAGCAUCAUGUACGAGAAGUAAAACGCUAACCGGUGAGGAGAUGUUCUCCUGAAGGUUCCUCUGGAGCAUUUCAGCUGCUGAUUAGGAACUCUAGAAGUAGAAAUGAUCCAUGCAGAACCAGUUGGUUUGUUCUGAGCUGCUGGUGAAGGAACCAGGCUGUAGAACAUGUUCUGAACGUGGUUCCUUCAUCAACUAACCAGAACUAUAGAUGAUGGUCCAGCAGGUCCUCCAGACCUCUGCUCCAGGAUGCUUUCUGUUUCUACUGACCGUAUAAAUCUGGUUUCCUCUCAAGGAGACGUUAGCAGCAGCUGAGAUGAUCCAGAUGUUCCUCCUUAAGACGUCUCCAGGCUUCGGUCCGUUCGUUCGUCGUAGUGUUUCUGUUAAUUCUUGUUUUUGUUUUUUACAUAUAUAUUUUCUGUCAUCAGUGAUUAAUUGAAUUAAAGCAGUUUUCUUACAGA